AUGAGUGACUCCAUCAAAAGGUCUGUGUUGUUCUUAAACACUGCAAGAGAUGUGUGGAAGAAAAUGGAAAUUAGAUUUUCUCAGACCAAUGGAGCUAGAAAAUACAAGUUGUGCAGAGAUGUCUAUGACCUGAAACAAAAUGGUCGAAGUCUGAGUGACUAUUAUACUGAGAUGAGUUCUCUCUGGGAGGAGAUUGAAGGGCUGAACUUACUACCACCAAUAACUGAGAUGAACAGUGAGGUGAAUGCUUUUGUGAGUGCUCUCAAUCAGCAGAAGGAUGAACAACAUCUUUUUCAAUUUCUCAAUGGUUUGGAUGAAGACUAUACUGCAUUGAGAAGUCAGAUUCUUAUGCAAUCCCCUCUACCAACUGUGGAACUUGCUUGUGCUCAAAUACAACAAGAAGAAUCUCAACGUGAAACCCUGAAGGGAGGAGGAAAACCAGAUCCUGAACCACCUACUGUUAUGUAUGGGAAAGGAGGAAAUGAGGAAGGAUAUUCAGUGUGUGGUAACAAAUCUCACACUGCUGAACACUGUUGGAAGGUGAUAGCAUAUCCUUCAUGGCAUCCUCAGUACAAAAAGCAGCAGAGGCAGAAAGGAAAGGAAGCUAAUGCUCAGACUCAGGAAGAGAGUGUAUCUAUCACAGCUCAGCAGUUGGAGCAGUUACUAAAGCUGGUGCCAUCAAGCUCUAAGACAGGCUAUGGCACUGAAGAAGAGAUAGAGUCUGGAUUUGCAGGUAUGAUUAAUUGUAACAAUGCUUCUAGUAGUAUGAAUGAAUGGAUAUUGGACUCAGGGGCAAGUGAUCAUAUGAUUUCUGAUGAUAAAUUGCUUGAUGAAUUUGUACCUGUGAAAGGGAACACAAAAAUUAAUUUGCCAAAUGGUGGGACUGCAAAAAUAACUCACAUAGGCAAUGUUUUGUUAAAAAAUGGCCUGCAUCUUAAAAAUGUACUGUGUGUACCUGAAUUUAAGCACAAUCUUCUGUCAAUACAUAAAUUGGUGAGAGAUGAAAAGUACAUUGUUGAAUUCCAACCUGAAUUGUGUGUUAUUCAGGACUCAGUCACUCUGAAAACUAGGGCACUUGGGAGAGCUAGCCAUGGACUAUACUAUCUGAUGAAUGAUAAUCUUGAUUUUGCAAGCAAGAAGAAGAAUGCAGAGGUGAAAAGAAAUAAUGGCUCGAAAGAAGAACUAGUGAUUCUGAAAAAAGGAAUUUUGCUGAAUGUAAUGUAG